UCUAUCGACUUACCUCUACCUGAUGACAAUAUAAUUUGCGUAGCUUCGUUGAAUUUCCCAAAUGGACUACCGGAUGUUGGUGAUGCAACAUGCACUGUCAACAUUCAACCGAUGCCUGGAUUCGGCGUUCGUUUACUCUUCGAAGAAUUCUUCAUUGGUCGUGAAGAUUCGUUGACAAUCCAAACGGCUACUGACGAGCAGUCCAUUGACAAUAAUGAUAAUAGUGAUAGUGAUUAUAAUAAAAUAGUAAUUGAAGUUUUCAGUCGACAUGGUAGUGAUACUGAUCCAGAACGAGGCACUGUUGCAUUUUCUCUGUCUCCGGGACCGAUGAGUUUGACAUUCCAGCAAACUAAACCUGAUGUGUUUAUGGCUGAUGUGAAGCAUACAGGCUUUAAAGCGAUCUUGAAACCCUACAAUAUGUCUGCUGAUGAGAAAACCUUAUGUGGUGGGAAACGCCUCAUAAAAGAUACAUACUUUGAAACGUCGUUUGCUUACCCGGAGGAUUACGGUGAGGGUAACAAUUGCAGAUGGGAAUUCGAGGGGGUGAACGCAAAUCUGCGGAUACUUUUUUAUGAUUUCCAAACGGAUGACAAAACGGACUCAUUUGUAAUGAGUGGUGACCCAUUUGUAAUGAGUGGUGGAAGUUCAACGAAUGAAACGCAUAACACAACAAUUCAUCUUGGUGGAUAUGAUGUAACAAGCGAUUUACCGGUAGCGUUCUAUUUCCGUGGAUCAGUGCAUAUCAACUUUACCAGUGGUGAUGGAUCAAUAUUUCCACCGAGACGUUUCUCGUUUAUCAUUGACACAUUCGCAGACCAAACAAACGAUACGCAGGAAGUAUGUGUUGGUGCGGAAAGCAUCCACGAUUUAUCGGUUGAAAAAUCGGUAAUGAUCAAUACAAAUAACUACGGCACAUUGGCUUAUGAAAACUACUUGAAAUGUCAAUUUAGUUUCAUCAAUCCACCACAACACCAUGUGAUCUAUCUGCAAAUGGCAUUUGAGUCAGAAAGAUGCUGUGAUUUAAUGACAGUGAAUGGAAUUGGUCAGGAUUACAUCUUCCAAGGAGAACGCUAUCCGACGAUAUAUUUUGCCAAUAGUCCGAAUGUUUCAUUCGAAUUCUCGAGUGAUGGUGUUCGAAAAGCUGUUGGUUUUAAAGGAUAUGUUUCUACAUUAGUGUGCGCUAAACUCGCUCUUCUGCUCUUCACUCAUAAACUAUCAUGA